UGUGUGUGUGUGUGGUUUGGGCGGGGGUCUGGUGCAGUGAUGAGCCUCUUGCUGGGCGUGUGCUCGCUUAUUUUCACAGUUGGCUUAUCGGGCCCCAAAUGGCUCCUGAGCGGCGCUGGUGAUCUCGGGGCCGGCGUGGAAUGGCGUUCCAGAACAUUUGGCGAAAGCUGGUUUUCUUCAUUUCUUUCGGCCUCCUGACGUCUGCUGGUUUUAAACCGUGACGAUCACGUCGCCUCAGCUCUCCCCUGCUGCGACUCUCCUGCCCGCCUCCCCCCCCCUCCCCUUGCUCCCCCUUCUCCGGCUCCCUCCCCGUCGGCCUCCAAGAUAGAUUCCCUCAGGAGCAAGGUUGACCUGCUCAAGCUGCCCCUGGCCCUCACCACCAAGUCCAUCGCCGAGCGCAAGAGCCAGCUGGGAGGAGUCGGCGAGCAGCGGGGCACGGGGGGCGGAGGAGGAGGAGGAGGAGGAGGGGUUCGCAAAGCCCGCUCGCCGCCGACCCGAGACAUGGACAACGAGUCGCAGUACUCGGGCUACUCGUACAAGUCCUCCCACUCCCGAAGCUCCCGCAAGCACAGGGAUCGGAGGGAUCGCCACCGCUCCAAGAGCCGGGACAGCAGCAGUCGUGGAGACAAAUCCGUCACCAUCCAGACGCCCGGGGAGCCGCUGCUCGAUGCCGAGUCGACCCGGGGGGACGAGCGGGAUGACAACUGGGGCGAGACCACCACGGUGGUCACCGGCACCUCGGAGCACAGCGUCUCCAACGAGGACCUGACCCGCGUCACCAAAGACCUGGAGGAGUCCACGCCGCUGGAGUGCAAGCGCUUCGUGGGCCCGGCCGUGGGCGGCUGCCUGAGCUUCUUCGCGCUGGUCACGCCGUUGGCCUUCCUCGUCCUGCCGCAGGUCCUGUGGCGGGAGUCCCUGGACCCCUGCGGCACGCCCUGCGAGGGCCUCUACGUCUCGCUGGCCUUCAAGCUCCUGGUGCUGCUCAUCUCCUCCUGGGCGCUGUUCCUGCGGCCGCCGCGCGCCACGCUGCCGCGCUUCUUCGUCUUCCGCUGCCUGCUGAUGGUGCUGGUGUUCCUGUUCGUAGCGUCCUACUGGCUGUUCUACGGCGUGCGCGUGCUGGAGCCCAGGGAGCGCGACUACAGGGGCAUCGUGGAGUACGCCGCCUCGCUGGUGGACGCCCUCCUCUUCAUCCAGUACCUGGCGCUGGUGCUGCUGGAGGUGCGACACCUGCAGCCGGCCUUCUGCCUGAAGGUGGUGCGGAGCACCGACGGAGCCAGCAAGUUCUACAACGUGGGCCACCUGAGUAUCCAGCGGGCGGCCGUCUGGGUGUUGGACCGUUAUUACAGCGACUUCUCCGUCUACAACCCGGCGCUGCUCAACCUGCCCAAGUCCAUCCUGUCCAAGAAGAUGACCGGCUUCAAGGUCUACUCCCUGGACGAAAGCACCACCAACAACUCGACGGGCCAGUCGCGGGCCAUGAUCGCAGCCGCUGCCCGGAGACGAGACAACUCCCACAACGAGUUCUACUACGAGGAGGCCGAGAUGGACCGCCGGCUCCGCAAACGCAAGGCCAGGUUGGUCGUGGCGGUGGAAGAGGCCUUCACGCACAUCAAGCGCCUCCACGAGGACGAGGUGGCCUCGUCCCCCAAACACCCUCGCGAGGUGAUGGAUCCUCGGGAGGCGGCUCAGGCCAUCUUCGCCCCGAUGGCGCGAGCGAUGCAGAAAUACCUGAGAACCACCCGGCAGCAGGCCUUCCACAGCAUGGAGAGCAUCCUCACGCACCUGCAGUUCUGCAUCACGCACAACAUGACGCCAAAGGCCUUCCUGGAGCGAUACCUCUCCCCCGGGCCCACCAUGCAGUACCAGCAGCAGACCGGCGGGGGGCGCCAGUGGACCCUGGUGAGCGAGGCGCCGGUGACCUCGGCGCUGCGGCAGGGCCUCGUCUUCUCGCUGCGGCGCCUCGACUUCUCGCUGGUGGUCACGGUGACGCCGCUCCCGUUCCUGCGCCUCGGGGAGGAGUUCAUCGACCCGAAGAGCCACAAGUUCGUCAUGAGGCUGCAGUCGGAGACCUCGGUGUAAAGAGAGUCGUCGCGCACACACACACACACACACACACACACACGCCCCAAACCUGCCGCGCCGGAUCCUGCAGGAUCACUGAUGCAGCGGGACGUGCAGAGAACGUGUGGUUCACUUCCCAUCUAUUCCCUCUUGGGACGAAAUAAACUAUUGACUCCUCCCCCGGUUUUUGUGGUCGUCACAGUCGCUCUGAUAUCAAACUGUGAUCCACUCGCCGAUCGAUUGAACCUGGAUUUAAACGGAUGCCUUGACUCCUUCUUCUGUCUUUUACAAUAAUAAAGGGGGCUUUUUUUCUCCUCUCUUUGCCGUGACCACUGGACUACUUUACUGUGCUGACUCGGCACAUGACCAUCAGGAGGAUGGAGACGGAGGAGGGAAGAGGAGGAGGAGGAUUACAUCACUUUUGUCACUUCCUCUGUCUUGUUGGCCUCUCGUUACAAACAGACUAACUGACGGAGACGUCGGCGUAUCGCUGCCUUUCUUCAAGAUGCCAACGACUGUUUGUUUUUUUUACAUUAAAGGUUGUGACAUUUAUCUUUUUGUUUUUAUACUACACAGAAUGUAGCAUUAUGUACUUUAUUAAUUAUUUUUAACACACGGCUUUCUGUUCUUUUGCAGCCUUAAGGUCAAACUUUCUUUUUUUUAAUUUUUUUUUAUCUGACUAAAGAAAAAUAGAGGAACACGGCUCAGUUCCUCCAGACUCUCUCUGCUCUUCAAGUGGGUUUUAUCUCUAUCCUACACUGCCAUUUGUACUAUUCAUUUUACAAAAAGACUAAACAAAGACCCCAUCGGUGCCUGUUUUUAUCACGCAAUCUUAAUCGGCUUAUUUAACGAUAAGGAUUUCAAAGUAAAAGCCUGCUGUUAUUCCGAACGAUGUGUUGCAAUACUUUCUGACUUCACAAACAUGGUGUAAUUCAAUGCGCUGCAGUAAAGACAGCAGCUACUGGGGUCCCUAUUUGAAGCGAGUGACUAAUACGCGCCGCCAGGCUGACAUUAACACGUAUGUCAGUGCUGCAACGGUAGUUUCACAUCAGGCUUUAGUCACACAAAUAAUAAUGUUUAUGGAAGAUUAGCUCAUUUCUUGUUUCGAUCUAUUCGUGGGAUUCAAUAAGGUUGAGACGUACGUAGAUUGCGUGUCCGGACUCGUCAGACUUCUUUUUAUUCAAUUGCAUUGUGAUUGGAUUUGUGUAUGCAAUUUGUAACAUUGAAAACGCACAAACACGAGAAGAGGCCUCAGAUGUGAACGUGGCUGUAACAUUUAUCCCCAUGACAACCGAGCAACACGGCAACAUCAUGUACAGUUGUCUACUUCUACAUCUAUUAAUAUAUUCUGAUAUAACGUAUUCAUAGCUGAAAACUUUUUCUUUUACGGAUUUAAAUGCCAAUUUUCGGAGGUCAAUUUUCAUAUUCAUGUCCAAUCACAAUGCAGCCAAACAGCCCAGCGGUUAACGCCAGGAGCUGACCUGUGAUCAGAUGUCAGAUCCCCACCAGUUGGGUCUGUUUUCAUUUUUAUUUUUUAUUACAGGCCGCUGUAAUAAAACUGUCAGCUGACUCUUUUUUUUUUUUUUUUUUUUCUUUUAAUCCUUUGCAAAAUAAUAUCCCAAACCAGACGUGUGAUUGUAACUCCUCCGUCAGCUUCACCGCGCCUUAUGCCUCCAUCCGACAGCCUUGCUCCUCCCAGAUGUGGAGGAGCAGCGACGGGGGGGGGGGGGGGGGGCACAUCUGUCCCCAGCCGGACUCCUGCGGGUCCCAAAACUCGCCUGAUGUGGAGACUCCAGCCGAUCUGCUGCAUCCGCUUUACACGACGGACUCUUUUUAUUCUUUUCAGUGACAAAAUGGUUUAAAAAAAAAAGACCAACCAGCAGGUCCGUGUUAAUAGAGGUGCAUGUCGAAUUUAUUCUGGGUUCCAAACCUUUUAAAAAUAAUAACUUGUUUUCUAUCAUUUGAAAGGUGCCUAAGUUAUUACGAUGCAGUCGUCCAAUGUUUUUACUCUUUGGAAAACAAGUGGCUUGUAAAAACCUUUUCGUAGAUCUGUCCUGUGUUUCGCUGCGUUUGGUAACUGUAGCUGGUGUCGUGUUGCUCAGCUUCCAUCAUUAAACCAUUUAUUGCUCA